AGUUUUUCCCACGCGCCCUGAAUGCAUCAUGGUACUCGCUGCGGCUCCUUUAAAUGCAAUCUCCCGCGUUCGAAGUUAAGCGGAAAUACGGAGCCGUCUUUUCUGUAUUUAAGCGCGGCAACAAAGACCCUCACAGUAGGCAUAUCUGUUGUCCGUCUUGUCUCACUCCACAGUGUAUACUAUCGUCCUGAAAUAAUGCCAGAAGAAACGUCCACCGCGUCAAGCUACGGGAGUGCGGAGGAGAAGCCGUGCUCCUCCUCAUCAGCCGCAGCUGCUGCAGACAGCUCUGUGGACGUUGCAGAGGAGGCAAAGAAGCUGAUUGGCACAGGGAACAGGCACCUAGUGAUGGGAGAUGUUGUUUCUGCUGUCAGAGUCUUCCAGGACGCCUGCGGCAUGCUGGCUGCAAAGUAUGGGGACACAGCAGAGGAGUGUGGCGAAGCCCACUUCCUGUGUGGGAAGUCACUCCUGGAGCUUGCCAGGAUGGAGAACAGUGUGCUUGGAAAUGCCCUGGAGGGAGUCCCAGAAGAGUCUGAGGAAGAAGAGGAGGAGCAGCCGAACAGCUCAAAUAUCGAGAGUGCCAACAAUCUUGAUGAAGAAACAAGAGAUGACCUACGAAACCAGGUGUAUGAUGCCAUGGCGGAAAAGGCUGAGGCAGGUGACAUCAAACUGGAGUCCGAGGAAGGAAAGGGCACCACUGAGGUGAAAAAAGAAAACUGUGUGUCUCAGAGCAAACCUGAGGUGAAGGGAUCUAGCUCUCCUGUGAGUAAGAAGGAAAAUAGUUCAGUUCCAAAAGUGAACGCAGUUGAGAAGAGCCCUGGUGCUGCUGUAAAUGGUGUGGCAGAAAGAUCCAAUGGUGUAAAGGAUCCAAAAGAGCAGGACGGCGAGAAGACUAAUGGAAAGCCAGAGGAAGAAGAAACCGGGGAAUCCGAACUGGCAGAUGAACAGGACGAUGAGGAAUCAGAGGAUGAUGAUGACGAAGACGACGAUGAGGAUGGAGAGCAAAAUGGACAGGAAGAGGAAGAAGUUGGAAAUUUGCAGUUGGCAUGGGAGAUGCUAGAAGUAGCUAAGGUCAUCUACAAAAAAAAGGAAGGCAAAGAUGACCAGCUGAUGGCAGCCCAGACAUAUCUGAAACUCGGAGAAGUCAGUGCUGAAUCGGGUAACUACCCCCAGGCGCUAGAUGACUUCCAGGAGUGUCUUGCCCUGCAGCUGAAGCACCUGCCCCCCCACAGUCGCCUGCUGGCUGAAACCCACUACCACGUCGCCACUACGCUGUGCUACAUGGAUCAGUACAGCCAGGCCAUCCAGCACUAUAACAGCUCCAUUAAAGUCAUCGAGACACGUCUGGCCAUGUUGCAGGAGGCGAUCGGGGCAGCAGAAGACAAGAACGAGAUGGAGGAGCUGAAGCAGCUUCUGCCCGACAUCAAGGAAAAGGUAGAGGAUGCCAAGGAGAGCCAGAGAACCGGCAGCGCUGCAUCCCACGCCAUCCAGCAGACACUAGGCGGAGCCUCCACCUCCUCAUCAGCAUUCCGAAGUGAAAAUGGUGGCCCUUCAUCAUCUUCAGCUUUUGCAACAGUCAACAAGAUCCCAGUUAAGUCGUCGGACAGCGCCUCGUCUUCCAAAGCAGUUUCAAACAUCUCCCAUCUUGUCAGGAAAAAGAGGAAACCAGAGGAGGAGAGCCCAGUGAAGGACACUGAUGCUAAACAAGCGAAACAGGAAGCCACAGUUAAUGGCAGCGGUGACUCUAGUGCCAGCAACGGCAAUGGAGUCCGGGAGGGCAAAUCACAGGAGUCUGCCAGCCCGUCGGCCUCUGUGGGGUCUUCAGCGUGACCACCCUCACCUCUUUCCUGAUCUCUGAAACCAGCACAGCAUGCCUGUCCAGCCCCUCGACACUUUUGUUUCUGUAAAUAAGAUCCAUUUUCAUAGGUUUGUCUGUCCAGUUUUGUAUACUUGUAGUAAAAAUGAAUUAAAAAAAAUUGCAGAUGUAA